AUGUCGCAGGCUGAGGUGACUCGUGCGGAGUCUAUCGAUGAGCAGGAGCGUGCUCACGCCGCCGAUGCCGACAAGAAGCCCAAGUCCCGGAGACCCGCCAACACGGCGUUCCGGCAGCAACGAUUGAAAGCCUGGCAACCGAUUCUCACCCCCAAAAGUGUUCUCCCGCUGUUCUUCAUCGUCGGCGUCCUUUUCGCUCCUAUUGGUGGUGUCCUCAUCUGGGCCAGCUCGACUGUCCAAGAAAUUGUCAUCGAUUAUACAGACUGCUCCUCCGAUGCCCCCAAUAACACACGAACUUAUAUUCCCGAUCGCGUGUCGGCAACGUUCAAAUCAACGACGGACGUCAAGGACCAGGUUUCUUGGCGGCGAUGGUACAAUGCCACCGAUGACAGCACCGUUUGCUCUCUCAUCUUCGAGAUCCCCGAGUCUAUGGGACCGCCCGUCUACAUGUACUACCGCCUCACCAAUUUCUAUCAGAACCAUCGCCGAUAUGUUCAGUCGCUGGACCUUGACCAGCUCAAGGGCACGGCCGUUCCCAACGGGACGAUUUCGGGCGGUACCUGCUCGCCUCUCGAGACGGAUUCUGCUACCGGCAAGGCGUAUUACCCGUGCGGUCUGAUCGCCAAUUCUCUGUUCAACGAUACGAUUGGAAACCCUUACAACCUGGACAGCAACGACGCAAAGGAGUAUAACAUGACCAAGCAAGGGAUUGCAUGGAGUAGUGAUAAGGCAUUGAUCAAACAGACCAAGUAUUCCAAGUACGACGUGGUACCCCCGCGCAACUGGAAGAAGUACAAUGGCACCUAUGAGAAAACUGGCAUUCCUAAUCUCAACGAGGAUGAAGACUUCAUGGUCUGGAUGCGAACAGCCGGCCUGCCAUCAUUCAGCAAGCUAUCACGCCGGAACGAUGACACAGCCCUGACGCCAGGAAGAUAUCAAGUCAACAUCACUGAUCAGUUCCCGGUUUCCGAGUACGACGGAACCAAGUCGCUUCUGAUCACUACUCGCACCGUGCUUGGUGGGAAAAACCCGUUUAUGGGCAUUGCCUACGUCGUUGUUGGUGGAGUCUGUGUGCUCCUGGGCGCUCUGUUCACCGUCGCCUACCUGAUUCGACCCAGAAAACUGGGUGACCACACCUACUUGUCGUGGGAUUCAACCAAUCAGCCUACCACCGCGAUGGCUACCGGACGGGAUGACCGAAUGCGAUCAAAUGCCUAA